CAUCAACCUUUAAGCAAAGUACUCGCCACAACUAGCUAGUAUCAUGGAGCUCACCAAUGGCCAGAGCUUUGGCAAGCCUUUCCAAGCCCAUACCCUUCUUUUGAACCAAUCUUUCAGCACCGCCGGGCUGAUGUCCCUCAACUGUGCGGUUGAGCUCGGCAUCGCCGACCUCAUCCACAGCCACGGCGGCCCUAUGCCCCUCUCCGAGCUGGCCAGAUCCAUCCCCAUCCCUCCCGAGAAGGCUCCCUCUCUCCGCCGCCUCAUGCGUCUCCUCGUGAGCCAUGGCGUCUUUGCGGUGCAACCUGAUGGAAAUAGUGAAAACGAGACCGCUUACCUCCUCACUCCCUUAUCGGAGCUCCUCCUCACCAAGGGCACCAACCUGUCGCCCUUCAUCCGGGUCAACUCGGAUCCGUCUUUCUUGAAGCCAUGGUUCCACAUGGGCGACUGGUUCAAGAUAAAAGGAUCGAGUCCCUUUGAGGUGGCCUACGGUGUCAAGUGCGUCUGGGAGCUCACCGCGCAGCGGCCCGAGCUCAACGACAAGUUCAACGAUGCCAUGUCGUGCGAGACGUGCUGGGUGAUGAAGGCGAUGGUGACGGAGUUCCCGCAGUUCUUCCGAGGGCUCAAAUCGCUGGUGGAUGUCGGUGGAGGGACGGGUGCCUCGGCGAGGAUGAUCGCUGAGGCCUUUCCGGACCUGAAAUGCACCGUGUUCGACCUCCCUCACGUCGUCGCCACCUUGCCGGAAAGCAAGCUGGUCGACGCCGUCGGUGGGAGUAUGUUUGACUCCAUUCCACCGGCCAAUGCGGUCUUUCUCAAAAGUAUUCUUCAUAAUUGGAGUCAUGAGGAUUGUGUCAAGAUACUAAAACGGUGUAAGGAAGCAAUUCCACCUAAAGAAGAGGGUGGAAAAGUUAUCAUUGUGGAUAUGGUAAUAAACUCGAAUGAUGCAAAAGUAAAUGAGACACAUCUCUUCUAUGAUGUCUGUAUGAUGAUCGCCUUUGGAGGAAUGGAGCGCAAAGAAUAUGAAUGGCGAAAAAUUUUCAACGAUGCUGGAUUUAGUGACUACAAAAUUUUUCCAUUAUUAGGUGUAUACUCUAUCAUUGAGCUUUACCCUUAGCCAUGUGAUAGCAUGAAAAAAAUUCAUGCAAAACUUAUGAUGUUUUUCAAUAAAUGUCUUGCACUUGAUUAUUAGUGGCUUGAUACUCAUAUUCGUCUUCAGUCUAUUUAAUGCAAUCCAAUUAGUUGUCUAAAA